UUUGCUUGCACUCGCAACAUAAACAUUAUAAAGAAAAAGAAAUUUUUUCGAAAAAGAAAAACAGAAAAGAUAAACGACCCAAGAAAAAAGUUCCUUUUUUGUUCGUUUGCAUAACAAGAUACGCACAUAACUAAAAAAAGAAGUUUUUAUUUUUUCUGUUUUUAAAAAAAGUAAAACGAAUUUGUUGUAAUAAAAAUUGGCAAAGAGUAAAAAAAGAAGAGACAAAAUUUCAAUCAAAGUGAUUUUCGAAUUUUAAUUUUUGAAAACGAGUUAGUGAUCCAGAGCAUUUUUAGACACAAAUUAUUAUAUAUAUAUAUUUUUUUUAUCGCGACAAUUGAAUUUAACGCGAGAGCAUCAACGCAGUGAUUAAGUGAAUAUAAUCAAGUGAUUUUUUAUUUGAAUCUUCGAUAAACAAAAGAAAAAUAAACAAAAUGAUGGCCGUUGCAGCAGCUCAGAAAAACCGCGAAAUGUUCGCUAUCAAAAAAUCAUACAGCAUUGAGAAUGGAUAUCCAUCAAGACGCCGUUCACUUGUCGAUGAUGCUCGUUUUGAAACAAUUGUGGUCAAGCAAACCAAAGAAUCUGUGCUUGAAGAGGCUCGCGAAAAGGCUAAUGACUUGAACACAAGCAGUGUCACUCAAGCCAAUACUCAAGAGCAAAAAUAUGAUGAUGCUCAGAAUAAAAUACCUGAUGUGUUCAAUGAUGAAACUGUAGAAAAUGCCGAUAAUCCAUUGAAUAAUAGUGAAACUUACUUUAGCGAUGUCGAUGAGGUGGAUGGUCCAAAUGAUGCCGGACUCACCGAAGAAGAAGUUGUAAUUGCAAAUGCGGCCUCAGAAUCACCAGAGGCUGAAAGGGCCGUACAACGUGCUGCAAUUGUGGUUCGUCUUCGCGAUGGAAUGAGCUCAUUGGGACGCAUUUUGAAAGCCAUUGAAACAUUCCAUGGAACCAUUAUUCAUUUGGAAUCACGACCAUCACACGAAGAUGGUGUUCAAUAUGAUGUGCUUGUCAAAGUAGAUGUGUCACGAACAAAUCUAUUGCAAUUGAUUCGUUCAUUGCGUCAAACCAAUUCAUUCGGUGGCGUUAAUUUAGUCGCUGAAAAUUCGAUAAAUGUUAAAGCACCAUGGUUCCCAAAACACGCAUCCGAAUUGGACAAUUGCAACCAUUUGAUGACCAAAUACGAACCCGAAUUAGAUAUGAGCCAUCCAGGUUUUGCUGACAAGGUCUAUCGUCAGCGACGCAAAGAAAUUGCUGAAAUUGCAUUCGCCUACAAAUAUGGUGAUGCAAUUCCUCACAUCGAUUACACCGAAAUCGAAAAUCAAACUUGGCGCGCUGUAUUCCGUACCGUAUUGGAAUUAAUGCCAAAGCAUGCAUGUGCCGAGUACCGUGCUGUAUUCGCAAAACUUCAAGCUGAAAACAUUUUUGUUGAGGAUCACAUUCCACAAUUGGAGGAAAUGAGCAAUUUCUUGCGAAAAAGUACCGGAUUUACAUUACGUCCAGCAGCUGGUCUCUUAACAGCACGUGACUUUUUGGCAUCGUUGGCAUUCCGUAUUUUCCAAAGCACACAAUACGUUCGUCAUGUAAACUCACCAUACCAUACACCCGAACCUGAUUGCAUUCAUGAACUUUUGGGACACAUGCCAUUAUUGGCUGAUACAAAUUUCGCACAAUUCUCCCAAGAAAUUGGAUUGGCAUCGCUCGGCGCAUCCGAUGAAGAAAUCGAAAAAUUGUCAACGGUCUAUUGGUUCACUGUUGAAUUUGGUCUCUGCAAAGAAGCUGGCAGCAAAGAUGUCAAGGCCUAUGGUGCUGGUUUAUUGUCAUCGUACGGUGAACUAUUGCAUGCAUUGAGCGGCAAACCCGAAUUGCGCGCAUUUGAACCGGCCAGCACAGCUGUACAACCAUAUCAAGAUCAAGAAUAUCAACCAAUUUAUUAUGUGGCCGAAAGUUUCGAAGAUGCCAAAGAGAAAUUCCGUCGUUGGGUGUCCACCAUGUCACGACCAUUUGAAGUUCGUUUCAAUCCACACACUGAACGCGUCGAAAUUUUGGAUUCGGUUGACAAACUCGAAACACUUGUAUCACAACUGAACACCGAAAUGUUACAUUUAACCAAUGCCAUUGGUAAGCUCAAGCAUCCAGGUUGUUAAAUGUUUCUUUCCCUUGAACGACCAGCAACAGAAAAAAAGAAAAAAAAAUAACAACAACAAACAAACAAUAUAUAAAUAAAUUCACAAUUUCUUUCACCUUUUUCAAUAUAUAUCGGAGUGAUUGCCAUUUCAGAAUCGGCACACCCGAUAAACUAACAGACCAUUUUAUUUAAAGAAGAAAAAAGCGUUGUGAGAAAUCGAAAAAUGCAAACACAGUUUUGCAGAUUAAAAAAAAGGUGAAAAUCAAAUUGAACACUUUGAACAAUAAUACAGGCAUAUAUUUUUUGAUGUAGAUGUAUGUUAGUUAAAGUAAGUUAAAAAAAUGUAUACUAUAUAAUCUCUUUCCAGUGGUUCCAUUUAUAUGGAUAUUUUAUCUACUGUUCGAAUUUAGACAUCAGUUAGUUUUGUGUUUAUUACAUUUCACAGCACUCGCUUUUAAUUUGAAACCACACACACACACACCCACCCACACAUUUUUUUUCUCACGAUAUUUUUUUUUCUUUGUUACUAUAAAAAAAAUCAAAAUAAAAACGCCCUUUGCCUUGUUGUCCAAUAGUUUCAAAAA